AUGGCUUCGACCCUUCCCAGCAGCCAAGCGAACGGCUCCGAUGGACCGGCGAAAGGUCUUGCUGCCUUCGCUCCCAAGAGCAAGCGCUUCUCCGACAUUCCCUCCACCAUCGACAUCCCCAUGCAAGAUGAUGUCGAAGUCGAGAUCGAUCUCGAGGUGCUGCCCGACGACCCGACCGAGCUCUGCUCCGUCUUUGAGAAUGAGGGGUCUGCUAGGAUAUACUGGAUGACCGUCGCCCUGGCGUACGCGAAACAGAACAAGAUCGACUUUGCCAUUGAGAUGCUCAUCCGCGGCGCCAACGCGCUACAGGGCAACCAGCGCGAGAAGCUCGGCAUCAUCACCUGCAUCUGCUGGCUGUACCUCUGGAAGAGCAGGGAGGCCCCCAGAGUGGCCCCCGAGGGGUCUAUAGUUUCCGACGCAAAGACCAAGGAAUACUAUCUUCAGUUGGCUACCCAGAGUCUGAACGACGCGUCGCGCAUCAACCCAGCGUUUCCGCCACUCUUCUUGGCCCGCGGGGUCCUGAUCCUCUUGAAGGCCUCGCUUCAGCCGUCGUCCAAGGCACCAGGCGCAGUUGACUCGCGCAAGGCGGAGCAGCUGCGCAACGCCCUAAAGUCGUUCGAGGAAGCCAUUCGCGUCUCGCAAGGGAAGAACAUGCUGGCCGUCAUGGGCAAGGCCCGCGCCCUCUUCUCCCUCGGCCGGUACCCAGAGUCGCUCUCUGCCUACCAAGAGGUGGUACAAAAGAUGCCGGACUUGGUUGACCCAGAUCCACGCAUUGGCAUCGGCUGCUGCUUUUGGCAGCUGGGCUACAAGGACGACGCUAAGCUCGCCUGGGACCGCUGCCUCGAAAUCAACCCAGACUCCAAACACGCCAACAUCCUGCUCGGCCUCUACCAUCUGGACGCCAGUGGUCAUGUGCCGACCAACAGCCCAGAAUUCAUCCGCUUGUACAAGAAGGCCAUGACCGAGUACACACAAAAGUCCUUCAAGCUUGACAAGAACCUCCCACUCACCUGCGCCACCUUCGCCGGCUACUUCCUCUCCCGGAAGCAGUUCACCAACGUCGAUUCUCUUGCGCACAGGGCGAUAGAAUACACCGACGUGAACGCCAUUGCUAGCGACGGUUGGUAUCUUCUCGCUAGGACCGAGCAUCACAACGGCGAUCUGGAGCGCGCGAGCGACUACUACCGCCGUGCUGACGAUGCCAGGGGCGGCACUGAGGGGGGCUAUUUGCCGGCCAAGUUUGGUGUAGCACAGCUCUCGGUUCUCAAAAACGAUCUCGGAGAGGCGAAGCUCCGGCUGGAGAAGAUGAUCCAACACUCCAAGAACUACGAAGCUAUGAUAUUGCUUGGCACCCUGUACGCGGAGGAAGUAUUCGCCAACCAAUCGGCUGCUGUCAAGGAGGACAAGAGCGCCGAGGUGAAGAAGGCCCUCGGGCUCCUGGAAGGUGUCCGCUCGGCGUGGAAGGACCCUAAGAAGAACCUGGCGCCGGAUGCCGCCGUCCUACUCAACCUUGCGCGCCUAUACGAGAACGAGAGCCCGGACAAGGCGUUACAGUGUCUUCAACAGGUCGAACAGCUUGAGAUUAAGCAGGUUCCCCAGUCGGAAUACCCUGCGGAUACAGAGGACGAGGCGGUGACCCGCGCUGCGAUCCGCAAACUCUUGCCGCCACAGCUCCUCAACAACAUCGGUUGUUUUUACUCCCAGGAUGGGAAAUAUCACCUUGCUACCGAAUUUUUCCAAGCCGCCCUCGACUCUUGCGCUCGCAUUAGCCAGACCGAAAAUGAGUUGGACAUCGACGCCCUUCUGACAACCAUCUCGUUCAACCUCGGCCGGAGCUACGAGUAUGAAGGCGAUGUGGACAAGGCGAUCACGACCUACGAGCAAUUGUUGAGCCGCCACAGCGAUUACACAGAUGCGCGGACGAGGCUGGCCUACAUCAAGCUUCGCAAGAACCCCAACAAGGAGGGACCGGAUACGGUCGCCAAGCUCUACCAGGAAAACUCGUCCGACUUGGAAGUCCGCUCACUUUAUGGCUGGUUCUUGGGUAAGGUGAACUCUAAGAAGAGGCCGGCCAACAUUGCAGAGGACCCAGAGCAACGGCACUACAAGCAUACCCUGCAGAACUACGACAAACACGAUCGCUAUGCCCUCGUCGGUAUGGGCAACCUGCACCUCAUGUCCGCGCGUGAGAUGCGCCGUGAGACGGAGCAAGACAAGCAGAAGCGGAGCGCUGCAUACAACCGCGCAGUUGAGUUCUUCGACAAGGCGCUCCAGCUCGACCCCAAGAACGCCUACGCCGCCCAGGGUGUCGCGAUUGCUCUUGUCGAGGACCGGAAGGACUACAAGAACGCCCUGCAGAUUUUCAUCAAGGUCCGCGAGACCAUCCAGGACGCCCACGUAUACGUUAACUUGGGCCACAUCUACGCCGAGCUACGGCAGUUCAGCAAGGCCAUCGAGAGCUACGAGCUUGCGCUCACCAAGGAGGGCAAGGCCAACGAUGCCGGCAUCAUCUCGUGCCUCGGGCGGACCUGGCUCAACAAGGGCCGCGCAGAGCGCAACCUCGACGCCUACAAGAUGGCCCUAGACCACGCCAAGAAGGCCCUUGCCAUCGCCUCAGACCAGCUCCACUUCAAGUUCAACGUCGCCUUCGUGCAGAUCCAAGUCGCCCUCACGCUGCACUCGAUGCGCGACAGCGAGAGGACCUCCUUCCAACUCGAAGAAGCGGCCGAAGGCCUCGAGUCCGCCAUCAAAGCGCUCGACGAGAUCGCCGCCUCACCCUCGCCGCCCUACCCCAAGCACGACAUGGAGCAGCGCGCCAACAUGGCACGCAACACACAACGCAAGCAGCUCGAGCGCGCCCUGGCCAGCCAGCGCGAGUACGAGGCCAAGAACAAAGAGAAACUCGCAGCAGCGCUCGAGCAGCGCCAAGCCGAACUCCGCCGGCGCGAGGCGGAGCGCCAGCGCCUGGAGGAGGUCGAGCGCGAGCGGCAGGACAAGAUCCGCCGCGACCGCGAGGCCAUCGCCGCGCGCGACCGCGCCCUCGGCGAGCAGCGCGCCGAGGAGGAGCGCCAGCGCCAAGAGGCCGAGCUCACCACCGACAGCGAGACCGGCGACAAGGUCAAGCGCAAGAAGCGCCCCGCCGCUGCCUCGCGUCGCUCCCGCUCUGGUGAA